AGAUCUUCGAAUCUUCGAACUACGUUCUUCAGAUCUUCAAAUCUUCUUGAAUGCAAAAUUCAAUAUUGAAGGGCCUCCGGUUUCAAGUAGCUUGAUCUUCAACAAAAGGGCCGUUAUGUGGCUUGAUCUUCUGUUAAAGGGCUUCCCGGGAUAUAUGGCUUAAUCUUCAAUUGAAUAUUGAUUCAAUCUUCAUAUGAAUAUCUUCAAAUCUUCAAAAAUUCGUUCUUCAUAUCUUCGAAUCUUCAAAGCUUCGUUCUUCAGAUCUUCGAAUCUCCAAGCUUCGUUCUUCAGAUCUUCGAACGUUCUUCAACUUUUGGCUUUGUUUGAUCAAGAAUCGAUGAAAUCACAAAGGAUUAUUCAUAUAUUCUUGACAAAAACGUGGCUUGAUCUCUUCCUCUUCUUCGGAAUCCUUCAGAGCCUUUCGGGAGUUCUUCAGAGCUUUGCUGCAGCGUUUCUUCGUCUGGAAGUUCUCCUUCCUUUCUCUCUGUGCGGUCCUCAUCACAAUAUGGAAAGAAGCCAUGCAUAACGGACAUAUUGCAUAAUAUAUUUACCUUAUUUGUUGUGUAAUUAUUGUAUUUAUAUUCCUUCCUAGAUUAGUGUGUGCGUUAGUGGACCAUGAUUAAUUCAUGAGAUCCUUACCUUUUUCUGACAUGUAUUAAGGUGUAUAUAUUUGACCCUUUCUUUGUACGAAGAAGCAAGACAAUAAUACGAAAAACAAUUUCAUUCUCAAUUGUUUAUCACGUUCCUUUUCUCAUGGUAUCAGAGCCAUACGUUCUCUGAGACCUGCGCUUUUGCUGUGCGACGAAACAAAUGGGUGAGCCUAUCACCAAGACAACCAACGACGGAACUAUGGACGACGGCAACAAUUCUGUUCCUAAGCAAUAUAGGCGCAGAAUAAAUGAUCCGGCAUCCCCGUUUUAUUUACCGACCAAUGACAUCCCAGGCGUGAAUAUCUGCGGCAUAACGCUUAAAGGGGACGGGAAUUAUCGGGAAUGGUCAACCGCCAUGCGCAAUGCCUUUAGAGCGAAGAGGAAGCUUCCUUUUCUUGACGGGACGAUUGAGAUACCGGCCGAUGAACACGGGCCGGACGACUGGCUGUGUGUGAACUCCAUGUUGGUUGGAUGGUUGAUGACGUCCAUCGAUGCCUCUCUACGAACGACCAUCGCUUACAUGGACUCUGCUCAUGAUCUAUGGGAGGAUCUCAAACUCCGCUUCGAGGUGGCUGAUGGCGUACGUUUUCACGAACUGAAAGAAGCCAUUCAAUCAUGCCGACAAGGAGACCAAACGGUGACGGAAUAUUUUGGCCGCCUGAGAAUGCUUUGGGAUGACUUUGAUGGGUAUCGUACGAUACCCAAGUGUAAGUGUGGAGGAUGCAAAUGUGAUUUGGAGAAACAAU